CCUCCCUUCCCCAAAUCCCCAUUCUCCCCCCUUUUGCUCUAUAAAAUCAGCGCCUUCGGCGAAAACCAAGCUCUAAAGUUUCCGAGCAUUUGGUUUCUUCUUUCUUUGGUUCUCUCUUGUGAGUUUGAGCGGUGGGCAGAGAAAAUGGAUGGAGGAAAAAGGCAUCAGUCUCUGAAGUUAGCCAUCCUUGUCUUCCAUCCCCUUCUUGCUCUUCUCAUCUCGACUACCCCUAUCCACGCUCUCAACGUCGGCAUCCAGUCUGUCGACUCCGGCAUCGCCGGGAGCAAGCAGCAGCAGUGCAGUAGAACGUGCGAGUCACAGCACUGCAACGUGCCUCCACUUCUUAAGUACGGAAAAUACUGCGGGAUUUUGUACAGCGGCUGCCCGGGGGAGAAGCCAUGCGAUGCUCUCGAUGCCUGCUGCAUGACCCACGACAAAUGCGUCCAAUCCAAGAACAAUGACUACUUGAAUGUGGAGUGCAACGAGAACCUCCUCAACUGCAUGGCGGAGGUGAGGGAAUCCGGCAAGGGCACAUUUAAGGGGAACAAGUGCAUGGUGGAGGAGGUGGUGGAUGUGAUCACCCUGGUGAUAGAGGCUGCCUUGUUGGCUGGGAGGAUUGUUCACAAGCCCUAGCGCAUGGUAUGGGAUGAUGGUCUGGGUUUGUUGUCCUUUUUUGAGCCCAUCACAUGGGUUCUAUUAGCGUGUAAUCUUAUCCCAAUUGUAUAAUAAGGUGAUCUCUUGUCCUGGACAGAUGGAGACCCAGUCUCUGGCUGUUUCUUUUCUUUUUAAUGGUUUCUCUGAA